CUUAGGACAAUUACUAUAUUUAUACAGACCGACCGCAAGACAGAUCGGAAACCCUUGUUCUCGUUUUCGAUGUUCAUCGCAUUCUUUGAUUUCACCUCUCUGCACCCCUGUUUUCCGGCAAAGAUGUCGUCGCCGGAAUAUCAGUUGCCCCAAACGUUGAUUGACGAGCUUCUACAGUCCACACUAUGCGACCAUGAAUCGUGGGUGUUCUAUGUUGGUGUUCUCUCGGAGUGGGAGAGCCGAACUUCAAGCGCCUGGGAGGCAAGGCAGCGAGAGACAAAUCGCUCAAGCGGCGCCUAGAAGGCAAAGGAAGUUAGAGACAAAUCACUCGAGCCGCAUUUGGGAGGUCCAGAGAAUUGAAAGUCCGGCAUAUUCAUCCACAAGGUCUCACAUAUCUGUAGUUCAUGCCGCGGUUCAAUCCAAGACCCAGAACCAAGGGAAUACAUAUUUCAUGGUCCAGACAAUAUGUGAUAUAAAAAACAAUAAAAGGAGACCCAAGGAGGAAACUGUGCAGCUUACUCGUAUAAGAAAAUGGCUACAGAAGCAGCCAUAAAUGCUAGGUCUAAUCAACGAGGGUACACGUGUCAAUCAACCAGCGAUGGAGGGUCAACUUAACCAGGGUGGCACUGACAUAGCAUGUGGCCGCAUUUGGGUGUGACGUUGUACUUGAUCCGGUGAUUCAGCGCAUGUGGGAGAGGAGAUCUUGUCGAGAGGAGCGCCUUCGGAUGCACCUGCUGGGGCCGAAGGCUCUACAUACUGGGGGGUCAAUAUGUCCCGAAGGCCGUAAUUGCCGAAGGCUCGUUUUUCAAGUCUUGUUCUCAUGUGAUGUUUUUGGACUCGGUUUCAUGAAUGUAAAAGCCUUCGAGCAUGGGGCCGAAGGCACACCCUGCCUAUUAUGGGCUACAUGGAGUCUCCUUUGCUGGGCUUGGCCCAUUUGGACCCGUUGGAUCUGAUUGUUGUAGAGGAAGUAUGUGGGCCAGAGGUUCCUGGGCCAUAUACUCCAUCACCGACAACUUCAAAUUGAACUUUAACUUUAAACCAGGUUGUUUCAGCUUUAAACUUUAAGUUCAAGUUUAAAG